AUGAAAAUCCCUAUCGAGAUCAACGAACCCAACACCAUCAAGGCUCUCGGAAUCCACUGGCAGCCGUGUAGUGACGAAUUUCUGUUCAGCAUUCGAUCACCCAAGAUCCUUCAGCCCACAAAGCGCAUCAUUCUUUCGAACAUUGCUAGCCUCUUCAACCCGCUCGGCCUGCUCGCGCCUAUCAUCAUCCAAGCAAAGCUAUUGAUGCAACGUUUGUGGGAACUGAAGGUGGACUGGGAUGUUAUUCCCCCCGGUGAGUUGACUAAUAUCUGGCAAGUUUUCGUACAAAAUCUGGCGCUUCUCAAUUCAUUUCAGGUUCCUAGACGAGUAAUUGGCAUCAACAGAACGUCGCGCAUCUUCCUACACGGCUACAGUGAUGCAUCCGAGCGAGCCAUGGGUGCCUGCAUAUACAUCCGAGCAGUGGACGAUGCUGAUAAUUAUAGCUCUAAUCUUCUGUGCGCAAAGUCCAAGAUUGCACCAAUUGGGAAUAGAAGAAUGACGCUGCCACGAUUGGAGUUAUGUGCAGCAGUGAUCCUCUCACGUCUAAUCAACAACGUAACCAACGCCAUCAAUCAACCCCUCUAUGAGGUACGAGCAUGGGUUGAUUCAAAUGUUGUGCUGGCUUGGCUGAACGGAGGUGCGUCUCGCUGGAAAACCUUUGUUGCCAACCGGGUGGCAGAAAUCACUACUCACCUACCGGCUGCCAAUUGGAGUCACAUCGCCUCGGAAAAUAAUCCCGCAGAUCUUAUUUCGCGUUGA